GGGUCGCCAGAGUCGACAGAGAGCACAGCGACGACCAGGACCGGCGGCGCUCGGCGGCACGCGGCAGGAAGGGAGUGUUCGGCGCGGUCUGCAGUGUUCACAAGCGGUGUCGUGGUGUGGGGACGGCAAAGUGGACAAACAGUGACGCACAGUGGACCGGGAGGACACCUGUGAGGAUCCAGAGGACACAGAGGACAGUUGUGAGGACACGGAGGAGCGUGACCUGUGGCCGGACCGUGAAAUCCCGCGAGAUUUUCCGCUCCGUGGAUCCAUCUGUGGACACAGGAGCUGGUGUGGUCCCAGGGAGUGCUGAUAUUGCUGGGUGGCCAUUCAUCACUCAUCACUCCGUCACCCGUCACGAGCGGACCGUCACGCGGCGUAGCGCCCCUGCGGACCGCGCGGGCCAAGCGGACGCAUCAUGUCCGUGUACCCGGGGCUCGGUUCAGCACCACAGGCGCUGUCGGCGACUCCCCCCACGACCAGCAGUUCGCCGAGCUCUCCAUGCUGCAGUACGGGCCGGCCGAUCCUGGCUGACCCCAUAUCGGGUCACACUGUGUGCUCGUGUCAGCUGGACCCGGCUAGGAUGCUCAGCUACCCCCGUCUCAGCACCGCCGGCUACCCGUUCUCCGACCAGGGCUACGUGGGCCUGCCGGACCCGGCCGCCGCGACGGCCGCGCUCUACGCUAACCUGGGCGGCGCGUACGACAUGAAGGACGCCCCCGGCCCUCUCCCCGGCUUGGGAGCACCGUCACCGUACUACAGUCCCUACGACCCAGCGGCCGCCGCCAUGUACCCCUACACAAACGGGUACUGCGGCUUCGACUUCAACAGCGCCGCGCACAGAAAGAACGCCACACGGGAGGCCACAAACACCCUGAAGGCGUGGCUCAAGGAGCACAAAAAGAACCCCUACCCCACCAAGGGCGAGAAAAUCAUGCUGGCCAUCAUCACCAAGAUGACGCUGACCCAGGUGUCGACGUGGUUCGCCAACGCCCGCCGGCGACUGAAGAAGGAGAACAAGAUGACCUGGGAGCCGCGCAACCGGACCGAUGACGAUGACGACAACGAUGAAAAUGGGAACGAGAAGAAGGAAGACUGUGAUGAAGCCAAAGAUGAAGAAGCUGCGGAGGACUCUGUUCGAAUCAGCGACCGGGAGAGCUCGAACGGCAGCAUCUCGCCGGGCGUGUCCGAGGUGGGAGAGCCGAGCACGCCCUCCAAGCCACCCCCUCCUCCCAGCCCCCCGCCCGCCUCCGCCUCCUCCAAGACCGAGGACACGCCCAAGCCGCGCAUCUGGUCCCUGGCUCACACGGCCAUGUCCGGUAGUGAGCGGCCCAGCCUGCUGCCUCCUGGGUUCCCGCCGCUACCUAAGAUCACCUCCAGCCAUGCGUCGCCGUUGUACCCCUACUCGUCGGCGUUCAGCCCCCUGAAGCCGUGGCUGGGCCGCCCAUACCCAGUCAGCUCUCUGGCGGCGCUCGGUGUCGGCGCGCUGGGCCCGCUGACCGCCGCUGGCAGGGGCCUGGCGCAGGUCAGCACGGUCAGCAGCUCAGCGCUGACCGAGGCGGCGUCAGCGGCGGCGGCGGCGGCGGCUUCGGCAGCAGCCGGGCCGCCACCGCCCGCGCCGCGCUCCCCGGCACUGGCUCCAGCGUCUCCGGGAGCGGCUCCGCGCGCGGCCCUCUCCCCCAGAGAGCGAUUCUCCGUGUCCGAGCUCUGCAGGAAAGAGGAUGAAGGCGAGAGGAGGUUGCGGUUCUGAUGGGGUGUUGUCUGAUGUGUGGAUGUGCAGAGCGGUGCUGGCACGCGACAGCGAGAGGACGGGACGUUCGUGAGCGGAGUUGUGCCACCUCAGCUUCCGGGAGAACUCCGGGGCACUCCUAGGGCGUUCCGGGGGCGCUUCCGGGGAGUUUCGUGGGCGUUCUGGGCGCGGCCAAGCGGCGGUUGUGCCCGAAAUUUGGUGGUGAAAUGUUAGCCAAUCGCGCGAAGUCGCGAGCGCCAGUGCGAAGGUGGCACGUCUCGCUGAAACGCCCAGGGCAGAUCCGCGCGGCGAUCCGCGAGCCUGACCUGACCUGACCUUAUGUGGCCGCGCGCGUUGGCGGCGCUCCUGCCGCUCCAGUAUUGGACAAUAGUCGGGCGAGUGGUGGGCAGAGUGUGUUUGUAUGACCCGGUUACCAGCCGAACCCUCAUUGAUAUUAGCUUAUGCUUGUUGUGGUAUGACCCGUGCGUGCACAUUUACUGGCCUCGUUUGCAGUUCGGUUUUGUUUUGUUCUUGUUUCUGUAGAUAACACAUACGGAUCAACACGUCGGUGUAUCUAUUUACUGUUUUGUAAUGCUGUAUAUGGAAAUAAAUAUACUAUAUUGUCUUUUGGA